AUGUGGGAAACAAUAAGAGUGGAUGGAAAGAAAAAGCUAAAAGCUAAUGCUGUUCCAACAAUUUUUAAUCCUAUUUCCGACGAAAACAUGGCAUACACAACAGAUUCUGCAGUUCCUUUUACAUCUGAACCCGAAUGCUUUCUCACUGAUGUCAAUGAUGCAAAAGGGUUGCCAAUAGGUAGCAUUGAAAUGGAUGAAAUGGAGAUUACAAGUAAUUCAACAACACUUGCAAAUGAUAAUGACAGUGUGGAAGAAUUAAAACGAAAACUGGAUGAAACAAAGAGAAAACUAGAGACUGCAAAAACUAUCAUUUGGAAGAAAGAGAAGACAAAUAGAAUUAUUCUGCAGCGUUUACGAAAAUUGAGGAAAAGUUUUAAGUUAUUAAGUGAACAGAGGUUUCCUGAGUCAGAUUAGUUGCAUAAAAUAUUUCAUAAAGAUCAGAUGCAGUAUCUCAAAGCUAAACAUAAAGGACGUUACACAUGUGAAUGGUCAGUGGAAACUAUAAAACAGGCACUACGGCUUAAAUUUACAUGUGGAGAUAAUGGCUACUCUGAAUUAUUACGUCAGGGUUUUCCUUUGCCUUCUACUCGUACUCUGCGUAGACGAUUGGAAAACAUUAGUUUUAAAGAUGGAAUUUGUGAUGAGGUCUUCCAUUUAUUAAAGGAGAAGGUAGCAUGGUUUUCAGAUGAAAGACAAAAGGAUUGCAUGAUUUGCGUAGAUGAAAUGAGUUUGACACCAGGCAAACAAAUAGAUCCCAGCACAAAUCACAGUAUUGGAUACGCAACAAUUCCCAACACAUCUGGUAAAUCUUUAUUUUCAAUAAAUCUCAGUAAACUACAAGUAUCUAGUAAGUAGUAAGUAAUAUAAUAUAGUAUUGAUAAUACAUUGUUAACUUGCCUGAAUGUAUGUCCAUCACGAUCGAUUCAAUUAUUUGCGUCAAUGUUCUGAUACUGAUACUUGUCCUUUAUUGAUAUAACAACCUUUAUUUCCUUUAUUAACAUCAACUAUUGCAUGCUGCAUUUCCACAUUACUUAUUUUCUGUUUCUACUUUCAUCUGUUCUCGCACGAUUGCAUGUACAUUUAUAGGAAUGAUGCCUUAUGCUACGCAUGGCCUGGUGUUUAUGAUGUGUGGUAUAUUUACAAGAUGGAAACAAAUUGUGGCAUAUUAUUAUACUCCUGGUGGUUUUGAUGGCACAUGUUUAAAAGACAUUAUUCUACAAAUAAUUGAGAAAGCCGAAUUAAUAGGUCUCAAAGUUCAUAGUGUAACAUCUGAUAUGGGAGCGGCUAAUCAGGCUAUGUGGAGAGCUUUCUCAUAUAUAUCUGCAACAAAAUACUCCAUCAUUAAAACUCGGUGCCACAUCCAUUGGAUAAUAGUCGAAAAUUGCUCUUCUUUGCGGAUGCUCCAUACCUUCUAAAAAAUCUACGAACUGCGUUAGUAAAUAAUAAAACUAUAUUAUUGCCACAAAAUUUCGUUGAAAUGCAUAAACUAUCUUCGUGCGUUGUUCAAUGUUCACAUAUCGCAGAUAUAGUAGCUGAACAAGAAAAUGUGACAUUUAAGUUAGCACUAAAAUUAGAUCGUGACACUAUUUCUGUUACUAAUUUCAACAAAAUGAGAGUUAACAAGGCAACUGCUUUGUAUAACAGACAUGUUUGUAGUGCAUUGCAAUAUCUAGGAGAAGAACGUAACAUAAGCGAAUAUAACGUAACUGCUCGGUUUAUUGAAAUAGUAAGCAAGUGGUUCGAUGUGAUUACUGCUUGAACUCCUUUAAUUGCAUUAGGAAGAAUAGAAGGACAAGAAGCGUCGGAAAAUAAAUUUCAUCAGACUAUAGACUUUUUGAAAUCAAUCAUUGAUCUGUUCUAUAAUAUUAAAAUCGGACAAAAUGGAAAAUUUAAACCCGUACAAUCAGGUAUUAUAAUAACUACUACAUCUUUCAUAGAACUAGCAACUUAUUUAAUUAAUGAACGAGGAUAUUUAUAUGUAUUAGGCUCAAGAUUUACCCAGGAUUGUUUAGAAAAUGUCUUUUCAAACAAAGCUUAAAAAUCCUUAGCCUUUCACAAUUUUUACAAGUUCUAAAAAACACUAAUUACGAACAAGAUGAAGGUGCCUUUCUUGUUAAUUUUUUUAACAAACCAAAACAGAAAAAUCGUAACAACGUAUCAUCCGAAAUACUUCCUGUGCUUACUCCAAACAUUGACAAUAUGCAAAUUCAUAUGGACAAUGUACAUUUAAACAUACUGUAUGCUAAUGCUGGUUACAUAAUACAUUCAAUUUCUAAGUUAUCCACAGUUUGUGAUGCCUGCAUUAAAUCUGCUGGCUCAAAAACAUUUAAUGCUAAUAUCAAACAUUCCACAUUAGUCCAUUUAAGAUGUUACAAAUCACAAACAUUGUUUUUUGUAAAUACAGCUACCUUUAAUUACUUUUAUGAGAUGGAAGUAAUAAUAAGACGAUAUUUACCGUACAUAACAAACCAAAAUUGUGAUUUAAUUAAGUGUUUAACUGCAAAAAUGACUCACAUUUCAUGUAACACAUUAGGAACUUGUUGUAACUUAUUUAAGAGAAUUAUGAAACGCUAUAUUGUAUUUCGAAUUAAAAUUGAUUGUCAAAAAGAGCGAAUGUCUUCCCGUAGUCUUACUGCUAAUGUAUAUAGUAGUAAAACUAUGGCAAGACAUUCUUUUAUUAAAUAAUAAAUUUAUUAUUACAAGUAAUGUUUGUUGUAUUAUUACAGUAUAUCCCCCAAUUUAUUA